AUGGCGUCGACGAUAGCGGUUUUUUCUGGUGGUCUGAGAGUGAAGGCUGGAGUUCUCGCCGUCCAAAUCUCAUCGAUUCCUCUCCGCCGCGAACUCCCUCGGUACUUCUCGUCUUCGUCGAAGAGGACGACGACUGUAGCGGCAAUUUCCACACCUCUUCGAGUCCCCGCCGUUUAUAACCACCACCAGCGUCAUCGGAGCUCUUGGCCUCGAGUUAAUACUUUCUGCACGGCGGCUCCCGACGCCGGGACGACGGUUUCAGCGGAUGAGUCGGAGAAGAAGAGCGAAUCUCAGGAGGAUAAUGUGAAGGAGACGGCGAAUCUGUUAGACAUAAAGGUUGGACGAAUCGUGAAAGCUUGGCAACACGAGGAAGCGGAUUCUCUGUAUGUUGAAGAAGUCGACAUCGGCGAAGCUGAGCCCAGAAUCAUCUGCAGUGGUCUCGUCAAAUACGUCCCACUUGAUCUCCUUCAGGGUGCAGCAGUUGUGGUGUUGGCUAAUCUGAAGCCAAGAAACAUGAGAGGAGUCAAGUCAUGUGGUAUGCUUCUUUGUGCAUCAGACUCAGCUCAUGAGAAUGUUGAGCUUCUGGUUCCACCACAAGGCUCUGUUCCUGGAGACAGAGUUUGGUUUGGUGACGAAGAAGAUCUCGAGCAGCUUCCUGAGCCUGCACCUCCUAACAAGGUUCAGAAGAAGAAGAUGUGGGAAUCGGUUCAACCGCUUUUGAAGACUGAUGCCUCUGGCGUUUCGAUGCUUAAGGAGCAUUUGAUGCGGACAUCUUCUGGUCUUGUUACUUCCAAAUCUUUAAGAAAUGCCAACAUUUCUUGA